UCUGUGGUGACCACCUGACCAAUAACUCUGUGAAUAAUUAUUAUUAUGUUUAUUAUUUGGCACAGCGAAAUAUAAAUUCGCACUCUAUAAUAAUUUCAAUAGGGUUAUGGAUAAACAUGUUAUUUGAAAAGUUUUAGUUUUGAACAUUAUUAAAUAAGAUAUUUGAUUAUGCCAAUAUCCAAUAUUGGUUUAUUUUUUGAUUGGAUUAAAUCCAGAGAUGAAAAUAAAAUCUUAUUUGCUGCUGCCUUCCACAUAUGUACCAUUACUCUAGUCAGUAUGUCCAUGGUUGGCUUGCCUUGGUUUUCUAUUUCUGGGGGAGUUUGUCUGGAAUAUUUAACGUUGUCAGAUUUUUUUUGGUAUGGCCCAUUUGCAGGGGAUCAGACUUCUAAAGAUGUCGAUUGUAUAAAUACCACUCUGAUAAAUAUGAUGAGAAUGAUAUUAGUAUUGUGUUUUUUAAUUAUUAUAUUAUCUCUUGGAGGGUUCUUCAUGAAUAUUUUCAUACCAAAGAAAGAUGUGAAUAGAUUAUUUUUUAAGUAUGCUAUUCCAGGAAUAUGUACUGGAUCAGUGAUAUUGAUAAUGAUCAUCGUUAGCCUAUCUUGUUACAUUAUUUUGAUAUUGGAAGAUUCACUAUCCAAAUUGUAUCCAAAAACAGCCACUGAUGUUACUUAUGGACCUGGGUUCUAUUUUAUAUCAUCUGCAGGGAUUGUAUCUUUAUUUGGAAUGUACUACACACUCAAUAUGGUUCAAGACUCAAAUCAAAAUUCUCAUGAGGAUGAUCAGUGCCUAAUAGAUGCCUUUGAUGAUAGUUCAUCAAUGUUCAAUAAUCUCACACCACCCCCGCCUUACAAUGUCCCACCUCCACCUUAUACUCCUUAGACAAUUAUAUAAAUUAUUUUAUUGUUAUAAUCAAAAUGAUUUGAAUUAAGCAGAUAUUUUUUGAGGAUGAAAUUUUGAUUAUCCUAAUAAAUUUUUGUAUUUUCUUAAAUUGACUCAUUGAAUAUUUUGUUAAGAAUAUCUCACCAGUUUAGUUCGAAUAUUUUCAUUAUUUUUGAUACGAAAUUUUUUUUUUAAUUUCUACUUUAUUCUAAUACAUAAUUACCAGUGACCUUAUGGCAAUGUUUGCUUCGUUAUUAUUAUAAUAUAUGUUAUAUAAAUUCUAGUCUAAAGAAAGGUUGAUGUAACCUUACUUGUACAUUAUAUGAAUAUUGCGAA